AUGUGGCUAUCCCGCAAGAAUUCAUUCAAUAGUAGCCCAUCAAGCCCAAGCCGUAGAAAUCACACCUCAAGUUUCAAUCGACAUUCCUUCAAGAACAUCGAGGACCUCUUAAUCGAUGAUGAUAUGCAUGUUUCUACCACCAAUGAUUUGAACAACGAUCAUCAACACCCAUUCCAAAAGCAAAAACAACCCCCUUCUCCAAUUCAAAAUACCCGGCAUUGCGUCUUCCACCGUGUCCGCCUCGCUAACCAAUUAACUAAAUCAUUGGCGACGGUUCGACUCAAACCCGUCUCUGAAAAAUCUCCACCGGAAUUACAAAAUGCCUCGCCGAUGUACAAAUCAGAGACAUCAAUAACAAUCCCCGGCGCCGAGAAGAAAAUAGUUGUAUACACGACGAGCCUCCGUGUGGUGCGACCUACCUUCGAAGCUUGCCGGACAGUUCGUUCAAUCUUACAAGGAUUCCGGGUGGCGGUCGAUGUGCGAGAUCUGUCGAUGGAUUCUUCAUUCAAAGAGGAGUUACAGAAGAUAAUGGCGCAAGGAGGGGAGGUGAUUCAAAAGAACAAAGUUGCUCUUCCUAGCGUUUUUCUGGGCGGGAGUUACCUCGGGGACGCGGAGGAUGUAAGGGAGCUUUGUGAAACCGGUGAGUUGAAGAAACUGGUGGAGCGGUUGCCGGCGGUGCCACGUCGCGUCUGCGAGGGUUGUGGGGAUUUUAGGUUUAUUAUCUGCAAUGAGUGCAAUGGAAGCCGGAAGUGCUAUAAGAAGAAAGGUGGCUUUUGGUGUUGUACAGUGUGCAAUAUGAAUGGUUUGAUCAGGUGCCCUGCAUGUUGGACUGUUAACUCUUGA